UGUUAGACUUUACAGGAGGUGAUUUUGCUGUGGAUUGUCACUUGGGAGACAUGACAGAAGCGGAGGCUUUAUGCGUUCUGAAUGGACUACAGUCCUAUUAUCAUGAUUUGGGGCCGAUUGGACAAGAGAAGAGACACUCUCCUCAUCAGAUCAGCACCAUGAUAAGCUUGCUGCAAAGAAGUGGCCUAAAAGUGGAGGAUCUAGACCAUCUCAAUAUCAUUCAUGUGACAGGAACAAAGGGCAAGGGCUCGACAUGUGCAUUCACUGAGCAGAUUCUGAGAAGUCAUGGCUUUCGCACAGGAUUUUACAGUUCCCCUCAUUUGGUUCAAGUCAGGGACAGGAUUCGAAUCAAUGGACAGCCCAUUGGAGAAGAGCUCUUCACUAAAUACUUCUGGCAGGUUUAUGAACGACUGGAGGAAACUAAGGAUGCCCAUGGAGGGACGAUGCCAACACAAUUUGGUUUCUUCACUCUCAUGGCUUUCCAUGUGUUUCUUGAGCAGAAGGUGGAUUUAGUGAUAUUGGAAGUUGGGAUUGGUGGAUUUUAUGACUGCACCAACAUUAUAAGGAAGCCAUGGGUGUGUGGUAUCACCUCUCUGGGUAUAGACCACACUCAGAUUCUUGGAGACACCAUUGAAAAGAUCGCGUGGCAUAAAGGAGGCAUCUUCAAGCCAGGGGUUCCUGCUUUCACAGUCAAACAGCCAGAAGACGCGAUGGCUGUGCUCAGAGACAGGGCCAAAGAGAUAAGAUGUCCUCUGUGGGUGUGUCCAGAGCUGGAGGACUACCAGGCAGACUGUGGACCUUUACAUCUGGGCCUGGCUGGACAGCACCAGCGCUACAACGCCUCCCUGGCCCUCCAGCUAAGUCACACUUGGCUGCAGAAAAGACGUCUGUCAGAAGAAAGCUUUCCCUCCUCCACUGUUGAGAACACAGGAGGUGUACUUCAGGCGACUCCCUUCAAGCCCAGCCCCAUCAUGGUGAAAGGGCUGGCAGACACAGUAUGGCCUGGAAGGAGCCAGACUGUGAAACAUGGAGCGGUCACGUAUUUCUUAGAUGGAGCUCACACCAUGCGCAGUAUGCAGGCCUGUGCAGACUGGUUCACAGAGGCUGCAGCUCAGCACGAAAGGAAUGCAAGUGGACCUGUGGCCAAAGUUUUGCUGUUCAAUACAACAGGAGAGAGAGACUCAGCUGCCCUACUUAAACCACUGCUGCCAUUUCAUUUUGACUUUGUUGUGUUCUGCCCAAACAUCAUUAAAGCUUGUGUUGCAGACAAGCAGUACAUCAGUGUCUUGACUCGCUGCUUGGACAAUGAGAGGAGCUGGCAUCUCCACAACAAGGUGGGAGAUAACAAAGGUCCACAGCUGCUCAUUGAGGACAGCCUCCCCCUGAACAGUGAAAAGAAAGCAGACACCCUGGUCUUCCCCUGCAUCCUCAGCGCCCUCCAGUGGAUCACUCAGGGCAGGGAUUCAGUGGUGGCAGACCCUGCUGGCAUUGUCUUACCCAACAUCAUGUCCAAAGCUGCUGUGCUCCGCGAUGCAGCUGAGAUCCACGUCCUCAUCACUGGAAGCCUCUACCUCGUGGGAGGAGUACUCAGAAUCUUCCAGCUUCCUCCAAGUAAAUGGAUCACAUGAAAUUUAUUUGACUGAAUUUCAAUGCAGUUUAAAUAAUGAAUGGGCAUUCUGAAUAUAUACAUAUUUACCUUGGUGGAAGAAAAACACUUUCUCUCUGUGUAGAUGAGGCUUUUAUUAUUAUAACUUUCUGAAUAAUGAACUGUAGGUGUUUGCAUGAAUAGGAUAAUGCAGUAAGGUACUGUUGUUGUCUUUGUGCAGCGAUCAUUGAUACUAUCUGGAUGAACCAGAUAGGUGUGCUGAUGUUUAUUACAUCAUGUUACAUUUAUACAAAAACUGCAGAUGAAUAAUUUGUAACACCCGACUGUUAUCUUUCACAGUCUUUAUAAAUGAAAAACAUUUUGCAUGGCUUCUACCUUUUAGUCAGAUUUUUAAAAACUUCUUAAUAACAAAGCCUAAUCAUCUUUGCUGUGGAUGUCCAAGUAUUCUAGCUCAAAUGUAUAGCAUCAGAUGUAAUGCACUUAAAAUGCAUUUAAAUGGAACUUGUCACUUGCCAAUCACCAAAGUAGUGAAUAUGAAGUCUGCUCAGUUAUGAGUCAGUUACAAAUAUAGGUAUGGAAAUAGUGUCCAUCAUUGUUUUCAAUAUUUCUGGGUCUCUCCUUUGUGAACUUAAAGCUUAAUAAAAUGUGUUUCUGUAGUAUAGA